AUGAACUUGAUAGCGAUGAACGACAAGGAUGAGAUCUAUGAGGAUCCUGAGUCUACUGAGGUUGAUGAGAGCGAGGACACGGAUGAUACGGGAGCGAGUGUGGAGGCAGCAGUGAAGCAGGAAGAAGAGAUAGUCACCAUGGAGGCAGCAGCGGUGAAUGAUGGAGAUGGAGAUGGUGUCAACACUUUUGCAGCAGCGGUCGUGGUUAAAGAUGAAGCAGUAAAUGCGAAGUGUGUGGGAGUUGAAGCUGUGAAAGGGGGCAUCAUGAUGAAGGGAUCAAAGGUGAAUGCAACUGCAAAGGGGCGUGUGCUUACGAAAGAGGAACACGUUAAGGGGUGUGAGACCCGAGAGGUGUUGGGUGUUAAGACACCGAGGAGAAGUGAGAGGCUUAAGAAAAUAUGUCAAGGUUUGGAUGACAAGGCGCUCAACUUCAAGACACGUAAGCAGAAGUUCAAGACUCCCUCCAUCCUCCCUCCAUCCUCCCUCCAUCCUCCCUCCAUCCUCCCUCCAUCCUCCCUCCAUCCUCCCUCCAUCCUCCCUCCAUCCUCCCUCCGUCCUCCCUCCGUCCUCCCUCCGUCCUCCCUCCGUCCUCCCUCCGUCCUCCCUCCGUCCUCCCUCCGUCCUCCCUCCGUCCUCCCUCCGUCCUCCCUCCGUCCUCCCUCCGUCCUCCCUCCGUCCUCCCUCCGUCCUCCCUCCGUCCUCCCUCCGUCCUCCCUCCAUCCUCCCUCCAUCCUCCCUCCAUCCUCCCUCCGUCCUCCCUCCGUCCUCCCUCCGUCCUCCCUCCGUCCUCCCUCCGUCCUCCCUCCGUCCUCCCUCCAUCCUCCCUCCAUCCUCCCUCCAUCCUCCCUCCAUCCUCCCUCCAUCCUCCCUCCAUCCUCCCUCCAUCCUCCCUCCAUCCUCCCUUCAUCCUUCCUCCAUCCUCCCCAGGUGCUCGUGGCAACAUCCAACCGCCCCCCAAUACGCCUCUACGAGAACGGCCUUCAACGGGACCUCUUCCUCCCCUUCAUCGCCCUCCUGCAGGCCCAGUGUGUGGUGCAUGAGAUCCAGUCAAUGACUGACUACAGAAAGCUGGCAGCGGUGAGUGAUGGUUACUGGGUGGAGCAGGGGUGGUACUUCACAGGCCCGGGGGCAGCAGAGCUGUUGGGAAAGAAGGUGGAACUGCUGGUUAGGGGUGCGGAGCUGGGCCCUGUGGACGUGGAAGUGCUCAUGGGAAGGAAACUCACGGUGCGUGGCUUCCUCUCAUUCUUUUGCUCUCACUCCUCUCACCAUGGGAGGGGCGGAGCUGGGCCCUGUGGACGUGGAAGUGCUCAUGGGGCGGAAGCUCAGAGUGAGCGGCGUAGUAGCAUUUCGUCCGUGCCUUUUCAUACCUUUGCUUGCCUUCCCUACUUCGUUCUCACCAUGGGAGGGGCGGGGCUGGGCCCUGUGGACGUGGAAGUGCUCAUGGGGAGGAAGCUCAGAAGUGAGUGGCUCUUGUUCUCCUCUCACUCCGUUGCUCUCACGUUUUCACCCUCACUCCUUCGCUCUCACUCCUUCGCUCUCACUCCUUCGCUCUCACUCCUUCGCUCUCACUCCGUCACUCUCCCAGUAAAAGACAGUGCUGUGCAACGAGCAGCCAAGGGAGUGGCCACAGUAAAGUUCUUUGAGCUCUGUGAGGUGCAACGAGCAGCCAAGGGAGUGGCGUCUGUCAAAUUCUUUGAGCUCUGUGAGGUGCCUCUCGGUGCUGCUGACUACUUCGCCCUCUGCAAGAAUUUCCACACUCUAGCCAUGGAGGGCAUUCCUGUAUUCGGAGCGUCCAACAGAGGGGCUGCGUAUCGAUUCGUUACUUUGAUAGAUGUGAUGUACGAGCACAAGACCCGCCUCGUCUGCUCGGCAGAGGGCACUCCCUUUGAGCUUCUGAGAAUUAUUUACAGUCUAUUUCCUCCCCCCAACCCCCCCCCCCUCUCCAGGACAGCCGCCAGGUCAGCGAGAUCUGAUGAUGCUGACGUGGCGGUGGACGACGAGCUGGGAUUCGCUAAGGACCGCACAGUCAGCAGUUCGUCCUUACCACCUGGCGCAAUGGGUUCCCAGCACAACCCCGACGAACUUAUGGGCGAGGAGGAGCUUGAUGCCUCCUUCUCGGUUGACUCCUUUUUCGCCGAGGAAGUGGUCACGCCCGCUGUCUCUGCUCCUCCCCCCGCUAAGCGCGUCUGUGCUGCUGGUUCCUCCAGUUCUGCGCCUGUGGCUCCCCCUGCGGCCUCGGUGGUGCCGCCUGUCACCCCGGUAACGGCUCCCAUGGCUGGACCUUCCACGGCAGCGCCUGUUCCUUCGGCGUCUACCCAGGAGGCUAAUCCUGUUGUCGCCCUCGCUAUUACCGGUCGUUACCUUCGUCUUCGUCGUAACCGUGACUCUGUGGGAGUUGUUGUCGCGGCGCUCGUCCGUGACACUGAUGCUGUUGUUGUUCUUCUCUUCCCUGAGGCCCUGGAACCUCACCGCAGCCGGAUCAUCACCCGUGUCCGUAGCAUCCUCCGCGGUCGCGACUUCGCUGGCGGUCGUGUUCCGGUGUUUGAAGCCUCCUCUGGUGAUCUCCUGCGCCUUCCUCGCAAAUCGUACUGUCGCCACGCGAUUCAAUGGCCGACGGUGGAUGACGCUAAUCGCUUCAAGCGCAUGCUCCCGAUCACCUACCGUUCGUCUGAAGGGCCGACGGUUGAGAUUAAGGUGUUCCAGGAUCCUGCCCCCGACUUCUCAGCUGCCAAAGCACGUGGCGAGACGGUCCUGGUGCUGCGCAACGUGCCCGUGGGGCUUGUUGUCCCCAGAAUCAUCGGCCAGCACCCUGCUGUGGCCUCCUUCAAGGCCGACCCCGGCACCUUCUUCAUCGGGACCGAUUUGAAGUGGAAGUCUGGUCUUGUGCUCUAUGCACCUUCUGCUGCGGCUGGGCACUGGACAGUGCGAUGGAACAUAUCGCCAGUCCCGCUCACAAGAACGCUCUUCAGCUGGCUUCUGUCAACAUCACGCCCCUGGAGGAGUUCGGGGAUGUGA